AUGGAUGAAAAAAAUCUCACCACAGUGAAGGAGUUUAUACUUUUAGUGUUCACGACAGACCCGUGGUUACGGAGAGUUCUCUUUUACAUCUUCCUAAUCAUUUAUUUCAACAGUCUCUUAGGGAACAUCACCCUGAUUUCUCUGAUCUGUGCUGAUUCUCAGCUCCACACACCCAUGAAUUUCUUCAUUGGCAGCCUGUCAUUCCUGGAUCUCUGGUAUGCCUCUGGCUAUGCCCCCAAAAUCCUGAUGACCUGCUUCUCUGAUGACAAAAGCAUCUCUUUUAAUGGCUGUCUAGCUCAGUUCUUCUUCUCUGCUGGACUGUCCUCUAGCAAGUGCUACCUGUUGGCUGCCAUGGCUUAUGACCUCUAUGUGGCCAUCUCCAACCCCUUGCUUUAUUCCCAGGCCAUGUCUCCAAGGUUACGUGUCAGUCUCGUUGCAGCUUCAUACUUUGGGGGCUUUGCAAACUCCACCACCAUCACCAGCGAAACGUUUACCUUGAGCUUCUGUGGGAAUAAUGUCAUUGAUGAUUUCUUCUGUGAUCUGCCCUCCCCCCCCCUUGUAAAGUUGUCCUGCGAUGUGAAGGAAAGUUACCAGGCUGUGCUCUAUUUCAUCCUUGCCUCUAAUGUCAUCACUCCUGCUGCGCUUAUCCUUGCUUCCUAUCUCUUCAUCAUUGCCUCCAUCUUGAAGAUUCAUCCCACCAAAGCCCGCCUCAAGGCCUUCUCCACGUGUGGCUCUCACCUGACAGCUGUCACCUUGUACUAUGGUUCAAUUCUCUUCAUUUACUCCUGGCCAAGUACUAGCUAUGCCCCGGAGAGGGAUAAAGUGGUGUUGGUGUUCUCUACACAGUAG